CGGAGCCGUGCAUGUGACGGCACUCCAGAAGCGGCCAAUCAGCGCCUCGCGAGUUUCGGCGGCGCCCAAUCGGGGCGGACCGUUUGCUGAGCGUUUCAGAGGCGCCGAGUUCGGAAUCCGCGCGGACGACGCUGGAAGGCAAGUGAGGAGACAAGGAGGGUUCUUCACUUCUGAACCCCGCCAUUCGGUGUGAGGCGUGUCUCCGUCCCCGUCCUUUGGCGCAGCCAGAAUUUACUUGGAGCUUGGCAUAUUAAUAGGUGCAAUGGCUGCCCUCAGUGAAGAGUUACAUCUAGACAGAAGGACCAAGCAGCUGCUUGAAAUGAUGACAAGAGCCGAUGAGACAGAAAUGCUGAAGCAGAGUCUAGUGAAAGAGGAGCAGAUACUCAACAAGAUCUGGGAUACCCAAAAGAGCACAGCCCAGCUGCUGAAAGAUCUCAUGACUGCAGAGGAGAAAGCGGCCCAAAAACUUUGCGACAGUGAACAGCAGCUGAAUGCAAACCUCCAAAAGCUGCAGAAAAUUGAAGACCAAUUGCUCCAGGCAAAUGAGAAGGCUGCUGAAUUGAGGUCCAGCACCAACGAUUUAAGAAAAGAACUGGAGGCUUUGAAAGAAGAAAUCAGGCAGAAAGAGAAGAGUGCAGAGAACGACGCCAUUGUCUCCAAAUCGGCUAUGUAUAUUGUGCAUCUUUAUUACCAGAUGUGCUGUAUUGACUGGGACUUCUCCUGUGAGCCAACAAUAGUCAAAGGAAUUCAUUACGGGCCAGACAUUGCUCAGCCUAUCAAUCUUGACAGCAGCCAACACUCCCGCAGCUUCAUCUGCGACUAUCUGUGGAACCUUGUGAGCACCGCCUGGUGAAGGAGAUGACCCUUGACAUGAAUGUACA